UAUAUUAUCUGAAAUUAUUUUUAUCAAUAUCACUUGAAAAUAUAUAUAAGUGUAUCUGAUUUAUAAAAAAAAUAGUCCGAAAUAAUUGAGUUAUAGGAAUCACAUCCAUAUUGUAAAAAAUGAAGAAACAAGAUUAUUUAGUGUUCGUCGAAAUACUACUUGCUGUUGGCAAUCUCGUGACAGGCGCUCCAACAGAUGGUCUCAGAAUAUUCGGUGGGCAAGACGCGGCUCCUGGUCAAUUCCCCUACAUUGUUUCCAUUCAACAAUGCGGGUUGUUCACCUGCGAACACUACUGCGGCGGGUCGAUCCUGGCGCCAUCUUGGAUCCUCACCGCCGGUCAUUGCUACAGCUACGGGCCGAAGUAUCAGGUGGUGGCCGGCAUCCAGAACAUAUCGGAGAAGAGCGAGUGGAGGCAAACCGUGGCGGUUGACAAGUUUCACGUCCAUGAGAAAUACAUUGGAAACGUCAAUCCAAAUGACAUCGCUCUCAUCAAGUUGGAAGAACCGCUGACAUAUAGUGACAGGGUUCAGCCGAUACCUCUUCCUGAGCCCAACUCGUUUUAUUCUGGUGACGCUGUGGUGUCAGGAUGGGGACAAAUCAGUGGGAACUUUUUUUCUAUCUACCCCGAUACUCUUCAGUUCCAGAAAUCUACUGUUCUCACUAACGACGAAUGUAUGGCCCUAAUAGAAGCCAAACUGCACGGACAAAGAAAUCCAUACGACGUGAACAGUAACGUAUGCACCGGCAACCCCGUAUCGCACCGCGGCAUAUGCUCCGGGGACUCCGGAGGACCUGUUGUCGGUGAGGGGGUUGUGGUCGGAUUGGCCUCUUAUUCCUUCAUCCCCUGUGGACAGGCCGCAGCGCCAUCUGUCUUCACCAGAGUCAGUAACUUCAUCGAUUGGAUACACGAUCACAUGAACUCGACUAACGCAACCAUGUACUAGAUUCGUUACAUAGCUAUUAAAUAAUGCAUGUCACAUGUUUUAUUAAUUAUUUGCGGCUAAAGCCGUUACCAUCGAGAUUAGAAGGUCAGCAGACUCUGACGUAAACAGCUCGUGAC